GUUCGUAAGAGAAUCUCGUGAUGGGUACGGAGAGAAAGAGGAAAAUUAGUCUGUUCGAUGUUAUGGACGAUCCAUCUGCUGCGGCGAAGAACACCAAAAUCAGUGGUCUUGCCGACGGCGGAAUCAACAGUCUCAUCAAUAAAUGGAACGGGAAGCCUUAUUCACAGAGAUAUUAUGAUAUUCUGGAGAAACGUAGGACUCUACCUGUCUGGCUGCAGAAAGAGGAGUUUCUCAAAACUUUGAACAGCAAUCAAACUCUAAUUCUGGUUGGUGAGACCGGUAGUGGUAAAACCACUCAGAUUCCACAGUUUGUAAUAGAUGCUGUGGAUUCGGAAACAUCGGAUAAGCGUAGGAAGUGGUUGGUUGGAUGCACACAGCCUCGUAGAGUUGCCGCCAUGUCUGUGUCCCGUCGUGUUGCUGAAGAGAUGGAUGUAACUAUUGGGGAAGAAGUUGGUUACAGCAUCCGUUUCGAGGAUUGCAGUAGCCCCAGAACGGUUCUUAAGUACUUGACUGAUGGUAUGCUCCUAAGAGAAGCAAUGGCGGACCCACUUCUAGAGAGAUACAAAGUGAUUAUUCUCGAUGAGGCCCACGAGAGGACUCUAGCCACAGAUGUGCUGUUCGGUCUUCUGAAAGAAGUGUUGAAAAAUAGACCUGAUCUUAAGUUAGUUGUGAUGAGUGCAACUCUAGAAGCUGAAAAGUUUCAGGAUUAUUUUAGCGGUGCUCCUCUGAUGAAAGUUCCUGGUAGGCUUCAUCCAGUUGAGAUCUUUUACACUCAGGAGCCUGAGAGGGACUAUCUUGAGGCUGCUAUUAGGACUGUUGUCCAGAUUCACAUGUGUGAGCCACCUGGUGAUAUUCUUGUUUUCUUAACUGGAGAAGAGGAGAUCGAAGAUGCAUGCCGCAAAAUCAAUAAAGAGGUUGGUAAUCUCGGAGAUCAAGUGGGGCCUAUUAAAGUUGUGCCAUUGUAUUCUACUCUUCCACCUGCGAUGCAGCAGAAGAUAUUUGAUCCUGCUCCAGAGCCAGUAACAGAAGGUGGUCCUCCUGGGAGAAAAAUUGUUGUCUCAACUAACAUUGCUGAGACUUCUCUAACCAUAGAUGGGAUUGUCUACGUCAUUGAUCCUGGUUUUGCUAAGCAAAAAGUCUACAACCCUCGAAUCCGUGUUGAGUCUUUGUUGGUCUCCCCAAUUUCAAAGGCAAGUGCUCACCAGAGAUCUGGUCGUGCCGGUAGAACACGCCCUGGAAAAUGUUUCAGGCUUUAUACAGAAAAGAGUUUUAAUAAUGACUUGCAGCCGCAGACGUAUCCUGAAAUAUUGAGAUCAAACCUUGCAAACACAGUUUUGACCUUGAAAAAACUUGGUAUUGAUGACUUGGUGCACUUUGAUUUUAUGGAUCCCCCUGCUCCGGAAACACUGAUGCGAGCCUUAGAAGUUUUGAAUUACUUGGGAGCAUUGGAUGAUGAAGGUAACUUGACAAAGACAGGUGAGAUCAUGAGUGAGUUCCCCUUGGAUCCACAGAUGGCAAAGAUGCUCAUAGUCAGUCCUGAAUUCAACUGCUCAAACGAGAUUCUCUCAGUUUCAGCCAUGCUCUCAGGUCCGCCCUUUACUUUUAUCUUUUUGUUCUUGCUACCUUUGGUUAGUAUUAGAGUUAGGUUGUCAUCAGCUGUCUCUAGUGUGGGUUCUGCAUACCCAUGGUUAGGGGGUGUCCUAAUACCGAAUUGCUUUAUUCGGCCUAGAGAGGCUCAAAAAGCAGCAGAUGAAGCUAAAGCUAGGUUUGGACACAUUGAUGGAGAUCACCUCACAUUGUUGAAUGUCUACCACGCUUUCAAGCAACACAAUGAAGAUCCAAAUUGGUGCUAUGAAAACUUCAUCAACAAUAGAGCGAUGAAAUCUGCAGACAAUGUUAGACAACAGCUAGUUCGGAUAAUGUCAAGAUUCAACCUGAAGAUGUGCAGCACUGAUUUUAACAGCCGCGACUACUACAUCAACAUAAGGAAGGCCAUGCUUGCAGGUUAUUUCAUGCAAGUGGCUCACUUAGAACGUACUGGCCAUUACUUGACUGUCAAAGACAACCAAGUGGUUCACUUGCAUCCAUCCAAUUGCUUGGAUCACAAACCGGAGUGGGUAAUCUACAAUGAAUAUGUUUUGACUAGCCGGAAUUUCAUAAGAACUGUGACAGACAUUCGUGGUGAAUGGCUAGUAGAUGUUGCUUCUCAUUAUUACGAUCUUUCGAACUUUCCCAACUGCGAAGCCAAACGAGUCAUCGAGAAGCUUUAUAAGAAGAGAGAAAGGGAGAAGGAAGAGAGCAAGAAGAACCGGAAGUGAAGGAGAAUCAUAUCAUCACAUGUCAGUCAACAUCUGAUUCUACUUGAACAAGAGGACCAAUCCUUAAAGCCUGUCCCAUAUGAUAAUUUACCUCUUUGUCCAAAAGAUUCUAGCAGUUAUCGUUUUUAUAGGUGUUUUGAUGAAACUGAUAUUUGCAUUUGACCCAAAUGGUUGUUUCUUUUAAUUUAAGAGCUUUGAAGAUUCCUAAUUUCCUAUUACUGACUUAUCCUUUCACGACUAUCUAAUGAUAUAUGGUUCUGAGUUAUAUGACAAUUAGCAAUAACAAUUUUGAAAAAUU